GGCACGGUCUUGCUGCUGGCUUUGGCCCGUUCCGACACUACCUCGGCAAACAGUGGAGUGCAAGGCUCUGUGUGUGCAUUUCUCCGCGUGAACCUCUCAGUGCGGCCUCGAGGGAUGCUGGGCGUUCUAGAAACUUCACUGUCUCCCAGAGGGGCCGGCCGUUUGCACCUUUCCCACGCUGUGCGAGCGCUCCCGAGGCUCCACGUCCCAGCCGACGCCUCUGGGGCCAUCCGGGAUCUUUCCCUCAUCCGGCACCUGCCGCCCUGCUUUCCCUCGCCGCACUUUGGAACGUACUAACACACAGAUGGGGUUUCUGGAACCUUCCAUCUUGUUGAACCGCUGGGAUAUCGGCCCGGUGACGCUCACGGAGGACCCGGCGGUGUUCCGGAAGGAGCUGCGGGAUCUCUACGUGCAGGGAGGCGGUGACUGCCCGGAAAUGAGCGUGGGGGCCAUCAAGGCCGCGGUGGAGGUGGCCAAUCCCGGCUCCUUUAUCUACGUCUUCUCCGAUGCCCGCGCCAAGGACUACCACGGGAAGGACGAGUUGCUGCGCCUCCUGCAGCUGAAACAGUCGCAGGUGAUCUUUGUGCUGACUGGGGACUGUGGUGACCGUACCCAUCCUGGCUACCUGGCCUAUGAGGAGAUCGCCUCCACCAGCUCGGGGCAGGUGUUUCACCUGGACAAGCAACAGGUGUCAGAGGUGCUGAAGUGGGUGGAGUCGGCGAUCCAGGCCUCCAAGGUGCGCCUGCUGUCCACAGACCACGAGGAGCGGGGCGAGCACACGUGGAGAAUCCCUUUUGACCCCAGCCUCAAGGAGGUCACCGUCUCUCUGAGUGGGCCGGGGCCCGAGAUCCAAGUCCGGGAUCCGCUGGGGAGGAUCCUCCAGAAGGACGAGGGCCUCAAUGUGCUGCUCAGCAUUCCUGACUCGGCCAAGGUGGUGGCCUUUAAGCCCAAGCACCCCGGGCUGUGGUCCAUCAAGGUCUAUAGCAGCGGCCGCCACUCGGUGAGGAUCACGGGCAUCAGCAACAUUGACUUCCGAGCUGGCUUCUCCACGCAGCCUUCCCUGGACCUCAACCACACCAUCGAGUGGCCCCUGGAAGGCGUCCCCAUCUCCCUGGUGAUCAACUCCACCGGCCUGCAGGCCCCCGGGCUCCUGGACUCUGUGGAGCUGUCUCGCCCCUCGGGGCGGCCCCUCCUGACUCUGCCCACGCAGCCCCUCUCCAAUGGGUCCACCCAUCAGUUGUGGGGCGGGCCGCCCUUCCACGCCCCCAAGGAGCGCUUCUACCUGAAGGUGAAGGGCAGGGACCACGAGGGGAACUCUCUCCUCCGCGUCUCCGGGGUUUCCUACAGUGGGGUGGCUCCAGGAGCCCCCCUGGUCAGCAUGCCUCCCAGGAUCCAUGGCUACCAGCACCAGCCCCUGCUGGUCUCCUGCUCUGUGCACAGCGCCCUCCCCUUCCGACUGCAGCUUCUCCGUGACGGGGCCAGACUGGGCGAGGAGAGGCACUUCCUGGAGUCAGGGAACAGCAGCUGGGAGAUCCCACGGGCUUCCAAGGCCGAGGAGGGAACCUACGAGUGCACAGCGGUCAGCAAGUCUGGGAGCGGACGGGCCAGGGCCCAAAUUGUCAUCACAGACCCCCCGCCACAGCUGGUCCCUGCCCCCAACGUGACCGUGUCCCUGGGGGAGACCGCCAUCCUAUCCUGCCGGGUCCUAGGGGACGUGCCUUACAAUCUGACGUGGGUUCGGGACUGGCGAGCCCUGCCUGCUUCGGCGGGCCGAGUCACCCAGCUGGCCAACUGGUCCCUGGAGGUCCGCGGGGUUGUCCCCAGUGACAGCGGGCGGUACCAGUGCGUGGCCAGCAACGCCAACGGGGCCACGAGAGCAUCCACCUGGCUCCUGGUGCGAGAAGCACCGCAAGUGAGCAUCGACACCAGGUCCCAGCGCUUUUCCCAGGGUGUGGAAGUGAAGAUCAGCUGCUCAGCCUCGGGGUACCCCACACCCCACCUCUCCUGGAGUCAUGAGGGUCUCGCCCUGCAAGAGGACAGCAGAAUCCAUGUGGAUCCCCAGGGAACCCUAAUCAUUCAGGGACUAGCCCCAGAGGAUGCUGGGAAUUACACCUGCUUGGCUGCUAAUGACGUGGGCACAGACGAGGAGACCGUCACCCUGUACUAUACAGAUGCCCCGUCAGUGUCUGCUGCGAAAUCCAUGGUGCUCGCUGCCGUCGGGGAGGAGGCUGUGCUGGGCUGUGUGGUGUCAGGGGUGCCCCCGCCCCGGGUCAUCUGGUAUCACGGGGAUCUGGAAAUGAUCCUAGCUCCCGAGGGCUCUGGCUCCGGGACGCUUCGGAUCCCCAGGGCUCAGGAGAGGGAUGCUGGCGUCUACACCUGCCGCGCUGUCAACGAGCUGGGGGACGCCUCUGCGGAGGUGCAGCUGGAGGUUGGACACGCCCCCCAGCUGACGGAGCUGCCCCGGGACGUCACCGUGGAGCUGGGCAGGAGCGCCUUCCUGGCCUGCCGGGCCACCGGCCACCCGCCCCCAAUGGUCACCUGGCGGCGAGGAGAUGGCCAGUCCCUGGGACCCCCGCGGGGCAGCGGGCCCGGGCAGCGGGACCCAGGAGUGCUGCUCAUUGAGAGUGUGACCGCCGAGCACCAGGCCACCUACGUCUGUGAGGCUCAGAACGCCUUUGGGAAGGCCCAGGUCCAGACCCGGCUCGCUGUCACCGGACUCGUGCCCCCGCAGGUCGCCAGUGGGGCACCCUCUGUGCGUGUCCUGGAAGGCCAGCCCGUGUCCCUGCCGUGUGUCAUCCUGGCUGGGAGGCCCCUCCCCGAGAGGCACUGGCUCCGGGCCAGCCGCCCCCUCCCGCCAGGCGGCCGGGCCUCUGUCCGGGCCGAUGGCAGCCUCCACUUUGGCCGGGUGCUGCAGGAGGACGCGGGGACGUACAGCUGUGUGGUCACCAACCCAGCAGGCUCCGGGCACCGCGACAUGGAGCUGAUCGUUCAGGUGCCACCUAGAAUCUAUCCCACUGCCACCCACCAUGUCACCAGUGAAGGGGUUCCAGCCUCUCUGUCCUGUGUCGCCGCAGGAGUUCCCACCCCGACCAUCAGCUGGACCAAGGAGACCAAAGCCCUGAGCUCCAGGGGUCCCCACUACAGUGUGAGCCAGGACGGUACCCUGCUCAUUGCCUGGCCGUCGCCCCAGGAUGCAGGGGCCUAUGUGUGUACAGCCACCAAUGCUGCUGGCUUCUCCAGCCAGGAGACGUGGCUCUCAGUCAACACCAAGCCCCGGAUCCGGGUGAAUGGGUCCCAGGACACAGACUCACCGCUGAGAGUCACAGCCAAGGCUGGUGAAGAGGUGACUCUGGGCUGUGAGGCCCAGGGCUCCCCGCCGCCCCUGGUCACCUGGACGAAGGACACCCACCCUCUGCUGUCUGACACCGACAGCCGCGUCCUCCUUCCAUCCGGGUCCCUGCGCCUGGCGCCAGCCCAGGAGGAGGAUGACGGCCACUAUACGUGCACAGCCAGCAAUCCCGCGGGGUCAGCCUCCCGGCGCUAUGUCCUCGGGGUGCAAGUGCCCCCUCAGGUGCAGCCGGGCCCUCGGCUCCUGAAGGCCCUGGUGGGAGAAGCCCUGGAUCUGAACUGUGUGGCCAAGGGCAGGCCGGAGCCGUGGCUGAGCUGGUCCAAGGAUGGGGCGACCCUGCCCGGAGGGGGGCCCGAGGGCUCGGUCCACUUCGAGGCCGUGCAGGUCUCUGACUCCGGACUGUACCGCUGCGAGGCCACCAGCAGCGCUGGGAUGGACGCCUGGGAGCUGGAGCUCAGGGCGCUGGAACCUCCACACUGGGUGUCCGACAACAGCAGCCUGGUGGAGCGAGUGUCCGGGGAGAACGCCAGCCUCCUGUGCCCGGCCCGAGGGACGCCCAGGCCGCGGGUCACAUGGCGCAAGGGCCCGGCCUCAGAGCCCCUGGGCACCCGGCCUGGCAUGGCGGUGCUGGACGAUGGGUCCCUGCUCCUGAUGUCAGUCUCACCUGCGGACGGUGGAGACUACGAGUGCCAGGCAGCCAACGAGGCGGGCGCUGCGUCCCGGAGGUCCAAGCUGGUGGUCUACGUGCCGCCCAGCAUCCGGGAGGAUGGGCGCAAGGGCAACGUGUCCAGUGUGGUCGGGCAGCCGCUUUCUCUGGAGUGUGACGCAAACGGCUUUCCAGUCCCUGAGAUCGCAUGGCUCAAGGACGGGCAGCCGGUCCCUGAGGCCGGCAACCACCGCCUCCUGAACCGGGCGCGGACACUCCACUUCCCCAGGAUCGAGGAGGGUGAUGCCGGCCUCUACUCCUGCCGGGCAGAGAACCGGGCGGGGAGCGCCCAGAGGGACUUUGACCUCCUGGUGCUGGUCCCUCCUUCCAUGCCGGGAGCUGGGGCCGUCCAGGAGGUGCUGGGCCUGGCUGGUGCCGACGUGGAGCUGGAGUGUCGGACCUCGGGGAUCCCCCUGCCCCAAGUGGAGUGGACCAAGGACGGGCAGCCUGUCCUUCCGGGAGACCCUCACGCCCAGCUCCGGGAGAACGGCCAGGUCCUCAAAAUCACCAGCAGUCACCUGGGGGACGAGGGGCGGUACCAGUGCAUGGCCUUCAGCCCAGCCGGCCAGCAGGCCAAGGACUUCCGGCUCCAAAUCCACUCACCCCCAACCAUCUGGGGCUCCAACGAGACCGGUGAGGUGGCUGUCAUGGAGGGACACCCAGUGCGGCUCCUGUGUGAGGCCCGAGGUGCCCCCACCCCUGACGUCGCCUGGUUCAAGGACGGGGCCCCGCUCCCCGCCAGCGCUGAGGUGGUCUACACCAAGGGCGGCCGGCAGCUACAGCUGGGGCAAGCCCAGGUGUUGGACGCUGGCGUCUACACCUGCAAAGCCAGCAACCCUGUGGGUGUCACAGAGAAGGCCACCAGGCUGGUGGUUUAUGUCGCACCCACCAUCGAGGGCACCGGUGGAGGGCCGUAUGCCGUGCAGGCCGUGGCCGGGAGGCCCUUGGCGCUGGAGUGCGUGGCCAGAGGCUUCCCACCUCCCACUGUGUCCUGGCAGCAUGAGGGGCUGCCCGUGGCUGGGAGCAACGGGACAUGGCUGGAGCCGGACGGCGCGCUACGGCUGCAGAGCCCGGGGGAGGCAUCCGGGGGUCGGUACAGCUGUGUGGCCAGCAGCCCGGCAGGCGAGGCCAUGCUGCAGUAUGAUGUGGAUGUGCAGGUGCCCCCGCAGCUCCUGGUAGCUGAGGGCUCGGGCCAGGUGACCACCAUCGUGGGGCAGCCCCUGGAGCUCCCCUGCCAGGCCUCGGGCUCCCCAGUGCCCACCAUCCGGUGGUUGCAGAACGGCCGCCCUGCCGAGGAGCUGGCUGGGGUACAGGUGACCUCACAGGGGACCACGCUGCACAUUGACCACGUGGAACCAGGCCACGCGGGCCUCUUCGCCUGCCAGGCCACCAACGACGCGGGCACCACGGGGGCUGAGGUGGAGGUGUCCGUGCACGAGCUCCCGUCGGUCACCAUCCUCGGGGGUGAGAACAUCACGGCUCCUUUCCUGCAGCCUGUGACCCUCCAGUGUGUAGGGGCCGGAGUGCCUCCCCCGAGCCUCCGCUGGUGGAAGGAUGGGGUGGCCCUGGCAACCUCAGGGGGGACCCUGCAGAUAGAGAAGGUGGACCUGAGGGACGAAGGCAUCUACACCUGCGCUGCCACCAGCCUGGCAGGGGAGAGCCAGAGGGACGUGGCGGUCAAGGUUUUGGUGCCCCCCAACAUCGAGCCAGGCCCCAUCAACCAGGCGGUGCUGGAGAACGCGUCGGCGACCUUGGAGUGCCUGGCUUCCGGGGUGCCUCCUCCCGAUGUCUCCUGGUUCAAGGGCCGCCAGCCCGCCUCGGCCCGGACAGGGGUGACGGUUUCCGCUGACGGCAGAGGUCUCCACAUUGAGCGAGUGCGGCUUUCGGACGCUGGGAGUUACCGCUGCGUGGCAUCCAAUGUGGCGGGCAGCACAGAACUGCAGCUCGGCCUCCGGGUCAAUGUGCCCCCACGAAUCACUCUGCCGCCCAGCCUGCCAGGCCCUGUGCUGCUUGGUGCCCCUGUCCGGCUGACCUGCAAUGCCUCGGGUGCCCCCAGCCCCACGCUGAUAUGGCUGAAGGAUGGAAACCCCGUGUCACCUGCGGGGACCCCUGGCCUCCAGAUCUUCCCUGGGGGCCGCGUCCUCGCCUUGGCCAGUGCCCGCACCUCUGACUCGGGCAGCUACUCCUGCGUGGCUGCGAGUGCCGUGGGUGAGGACCGUCGAAACGUCACCCUGCAAGUCCACGUGCCCCCCCACAUCCUCGGGGAACAGCUGAACAUCUCCGUCGUGGCCAACACGUCCGUGACCCUGGAGUGCCACAGCCACGCCGUUCCCCGUCCCGAGCUGAGCUGGUGGAAGGACGGGCGGCCCCUGCUGCCGCAUCCCGGUGUCCGCCUCUCUGAGGACAGAGCCCUGCUGGAGCUGGCCAGGGUGGAGGUGGGGGACGCCGGCCACUACACCUGCGAGGCCCUGAACCGCGCCGGCCGCUCCGAGAAGCACUUCGACGUGAACGUCUGGGUCGCUCCAGCCUUCCCCUCACGGGAGCUCCGCACCCUGGCUGUGACCGAGGGGCAGCCUGCCCGGCUGUCCUGCGAGUGCCGCGGCGUCCCCUUCCCCAAGGUCGCCUGGAGCAAGGACGGUCGGCCACUGCCUGGAGAGGGGCCGGGUGGGGAGCAGCUGUCGGUAGUGGGGGGAUUGCUGUAUCUGGGGCGUGCACGGCCAGAGCAGGCGGGGAACUACACGUGUGAGUGCCACAACGCGGCGGGGAGCAGCAGCCAGGUCCAGCGGCUGGUGGUGCACGGUGAGCUGAGCCCGGGCCCUGGGGCAGCCGGCCGCGCCGAGAGGAGGUUCGAGCUGUCCGUGCUGGUGCCCCCGGUGCUCCUGGGAGACGCAGACCCUCUGACCAAUGUCACCGCUGCCUUCCAUGGCCCCUUGACGCUGCUCUGCGAAGCCACAGGGGUUCCCCCGCCUGAAGUUCGCUGGUUCCGGGAAGAGGAGCCCAUCCACCCCGGGAAGGACACCUACCUGUUGGCAGGUGGCUGGAUGCUGAGGGUGACCCAGGCCCAGGAACAGGACCGAGGUCUCUACUCGUGCCUGGCCAGCAACGAGGCCGGAGAGGCGCGGAGGAACUUCAGCGUGGAGGUCCUGGUUCCCCCCACUAUUGAGAACGAGGACCUGGAGGAGGUGGUGAGGGUGCCCGAGCAACAGACGGCCCAGCUGACCUGCAACGCCACAGGCCACCCGCAGCCCAGCGUCACCUGGUUCAAGGACGGCCGGCCCCUGGCUGGUGGAGACGCCCGCCGCAUCUCCCCGGACGGGGCCCGCCUGUGGGUCCUCCAGGCCAACCUGUCCCACGCCGGCCACUACUCCUGCAUGGCCGCCAACGCCGUGGGGGAGAAGACCAAGCACUUCCAGCUCAGCGUGCUGGUGCUGCCCACCAUCCUGGGAGCGGCCAAGGAUGGUGCCGGUGAGGAGGUGACCGUGACCAUCAGCAGCCCCAUCUCUCUGAUCUGCGAGGCGCUGGCCUUCCCCGCCCCCAGGAUCACCUGGAUGAAGGAUGGGGUCCCUUUCGAGGCUUCCAGGAACAUCCAGCUGCUCCCAGGUACCCGCGGGCUGCAGAUCCUAAACGCCCAGAAGGAAGAUGCGGGCCAGUACACCUGCGUGGUCACCAACGAGCUGGGGGAGGCCACAAAGAACUACCACGUGGAGGUGCUCAUCCCCCCUUCCAUCUCCAGAGACGGCCCCGCGGCGGAGCUGGGCGUGAAGGAGGUGAAGACCAAGGUGAACAGCACCUUGAGCCUGGAGUGCGAGUGCGGGGGGGCGCCCCCACCCGCCAUCAGCUGGUACAAAGACGGCCAGCCCGUGACCCCCGGCGAGCGCCUGCGCAUCCUGGGCGAGGGCCGCCUGCUCCAGAUCCAGCCCACACAGGUCUCGGACUCUGGGCGGUACUUGUGCGUGGCCACCAACGUGGCGGGCGAAGACGACCAGGACUUCAGUGUGCUCAUCCAGGUGCCUCCCAUGUUCCAGAAGGUGGGUGAUCCCAGUGCCGCCUUUGAGAUCCUGUCCCAGGAGGAGGAGGAGGAGGAGGCCCGGGGUGAGGUGAUGGAACGUCGAGAGGUGGUGGAGAACAACCCGGCCUACCUGUACUGCGACACCAAUGCCAUCCCCCCGCCAGAGCUCACUUGGUACAGGGAGGACCAGCCCCUCUCAGACACUGACAGGGUCUCCGUGUUGCAAGGUGGCCGGGUCCUACAGCUUCCCCUGGUGCAGGCAGAGGAUGCCGGGAGGUACUCGUGCAAAGCCUCCAAUGAGGUGGGCGAAGACUGGCUUCACUACGAGCUGCUGGUGCUGACCCCGCCUGUGAUCGUGGGUGACACCGAGGAGCUGGUGGAGGAGGUGACCGUCAACGCCAGCAGCACUGUCAGCCUGCAGUGCCCGGCCCUGGGCAACCCGGCGCCCACCUUGUCGUGGCUGCAGAACGGGCUGCCUUUUGCCCCGAGCCCGCGGCUGCAGGUGCUGGAUGACGGGCGAGUCCUGCAGGUGUCCACCGCAGAAGUGGCCGACACUGCCAGCUACAUGUGUGUGGCGGAGAACCAGGCGGGCUCUGCGGAGAAGCUGUUCACCCUCAGGGUCCAAGUGCCACCGCGAAUCACGAGCCACAGCCCGGAGCAGGUCACUGCCGUCCUCAACAGCAGCGUCUCCCUCCCCUGCGAAGCCCUGGCGCACCCGCGCCCCGAGGUCACAUGGUACAAAGACACCGAGGCCCUCCCCCUGGGGAAAGAGGUCUUCCUCCUGCCUGGCACCCACACACUGCAGCUGCCCCGGGUGCAGCCCUCAGACUCUGGGACCUACCUGUGCGAGGCCCUCAACACAGCCGGCCGUGACCAGAGAGCGGUGCAGCUCAGCGUGCUGGUCCCCCCCACCUUUAGGCUGGCUCCUGAUAGCCCCCAGGAGACCGUCCUUGUCCGGGCCGGGGACAAGGCCAUCCUGAACUGUGAGACAGACCCACCCCUGGAGCCGGUUGUGACCUGGUACAAAGACCAGCAGCCCCUGGCCCUGGAGCCACGGAUCCGGGCUGUGCAGGGCUCACAGAGGCUGGAGAUCUUGGUGUCCCAGGUGUCAGACAAAGGUUCAUACAGCUGUACAGUCAGCAGCGCCGCUGGGGAGGCCACGCGGACCUUUGUCCUCACUGUCCAGGCGCCCCCAACAUUUGAGAACCCUGAGACAGAGACAGUGAGCCAGGUGGCUGGGAGACCCCUGGCCCUGACCUGUGAUGUAUCUGGGGUCCCUGCGCCCACCGUGACUUGGCUGAAGGACAGAAUGCCUGUGGAGAGCAGCGUGGUGCACGGCGUGAUCUCCCGGGGUGGCCGCCUGCAGCUGAGCCACCUGCAGCCCGCCCAGGCUGGCACCUACACCUGUGUGGCUGAGAACGCCCAGGCCGCAGCCCGCAAGGACUUCGCGGUGGCCGUGCUGGAGGCUCCCCGGAUCCGGAGCUCGGACGCCCCAAGGGAGCACAGCGUGCCGCAGGGCCAGGAGGUGCGGUUGGACUGCGAGGCCCAGGGCCCACCUGGGGAUCCCACUGCCACCCUGCUCUGCCACGUGCCCAGCCCUCGGCUGUGCCUCCCGUGCAGGUUCUACCUGGACGGCAGCUCCCUGGUGCUCAAGGGCCUGCGGGCCGUGGACUCGGGCGCCUACACCUGCGUGGCCCGCAACGCCGCCGGCGAGGAUGCCAGGCUGCAUACGGUCACCGUGCUGGCCCCUCCCACCAUCGAGCAGGAGGCAGGUGGCACAGGGGUGCUGGUGAGCAGGCCCGGGGAGCCGGUGACCAUGGCGUGCCCGGUGCGGGGCUCCCUGCCCAUCCACGUGAGCUGGCUCAAGGACGGGCUGCCACUGCCGCUGUCCCAGCGCACCCUCCUGCAUGGCUCAGGCCGCACCCUCAGGAUUUCCCGGGUGCAGCUGGCAGAUGCGGGCACCUUCACCUGCGUGGCCGCGAGCCUGGCUGGCGUGGCCGACAGGAACUUCACCUUGCAGGUGCUCGUGCCCCCCAGCCUGGAGCCGGCGGACUUCCAGAGUGACAUGGUGGUGGCUCCUGGCUCCUCCGUGGUCCUGCCAUGUGAUGCCCGGGGCAGCCCCCCACCCCUCGUAUCUUGGAUGAAGGAUGGGGAGCCCUUGUUGUUCCAGAGCCUCGAGCAGGGGCCUGGCCUGCAGCUGGAGAAAGUGGGAGCCGGGGACUCGGGGACCUACUCCUGCGUGGCUGCCAGUGAGGCGGGGGAGGCCCGGAGGCACUUCCUGCUGACCGUGACGGACCUGCCCCACAUCCAGGACUCGGGCCAGCCCGCUGAGCUGACACUGAUGGCCGGCGCCCCCAUGGAGCUGCUGUGCGAUGCCCGGGGCAUCCCCCGUCCCAACGUCACCUGGCAUAAGGACGGGCAGGCCCUGCAUGGGCUGGAGGGCGGCAGCCGAGGGGACCGUGUGUUCCGCGUGGAGGGUGUGCAGGUGGGUGAUGCGGGGCUAUACACCUGCCUGGCCGAGAGCCCGGCAGGCGAAGCUGAGAAGAGCUUCCGGGUCAGAGUUCAAGCCCCUCCGAGCGUGGUUGGGCCCCGCGGCCCCCGCUCCGUGGUCGGCCUGGCCCCGGGGCAGCUGGUCCUGGAGUGCUCAGUGGAGGCAGCGCCAGCGCCUGAGAUCGAGUGGCACCGGGACGGCGUCCUGUUGCAGGAGGACGCGCACACCCAGUUCCCAGAGCGCGGCAGAUUCCUGCAGCUGCAGGCCCUGAGCGCCGCCGACAGCGGCCACUACAGCUGUACCGCGCGCAACAAGGCGGGCAGCACCAGCGUGGCCUUCCGCGUGGAGAUCCACACUCCUGUGUAUGAGCUGCAAUCGAAAACUAUGGGCAGAGAAUGCCAUUGGUCCAGGCUGGGUGAUGUGUCCCUCUCUGGUCCAAUCAGCUGUGGUUGUGGGCGGGAUCACACGGUGCACUGGGGGGAGCGCCACCUCCUACCUCCAGACGCCUGGGUCCAGCCCCUCUCAGCCCUUCCCCCUGCUUGUUGGUCUCCGUGGCAACACCUCCCUUCCCUCCAUCCCAGGGUGGAGCUCCUGCCUGAUGGAUCCCUGAGGAUCCAGCCCGUCCUCUCCCAGGACGCCGGCCACUACCUCUGCCUGGCGUCCAACUCCGCUGGCUCCGAUCGGCAGGGACGCGACCUCCAGGUCUUCGAGCCUCCAGCCAUCGCUCCCGGCCCCUCCAGCCUCACCCUCACUGCGCCCAGCCCGGCCACGCUGCCCUGCGAAGCCAGCGGCUCCCCCAAGCCCCUGGUGGCCUGGUGGAAAGACGGACAGAAGCUGGACUUCCGCACGCAGCAGGGCGCCUACCGGAUCCUGCCCUCCAAUGCCCUGCUGCUCAUGGCCCCUAGUGCCCAGGACUCAGCUCAAUUUGAGUGCGUGGUGAGCAAUGUGGUGGGCGAGGCCCGAAAGCUCUACCAGGUGACCGUGCAGGAGCCCCCGACCAUCGCGGACGACCAGACGGACUUCGCCGUGACCAGAAUGGCGCCUGUGGUCCUCACCUGUCACAGCUCGGGCGCACCGGCCCCGGCCCUGUCCUGGAGGAAGGCGGGCACCCAGCUGGGGGCCAGGGGGAGCGGCUACCGCGUCUUGCCUUCCGGUGCCCUGGAGAUCCGGCAGGCGCUCCCCAUCCACGCCGGCCGCUACACCUGCACAGCCCGCAACGUGGCCGGCGUGGCCCGCAAGCACGUGGUCCUCACUGUGCAGGCCGCCCCCGUGGUAAAGCCGCUGCCCAGGGUGGUUCAGGUGGUGGCGGAGGAGGAGGUGCUACUGCCCUGUGAGGCCUCAGGUGUCCCCCGGCCCACUGUCACCUGGCAGAAAGAGGGGCUCAGCGUCCCUGCAGGAGUGAGGAGCCAGGUCCUCCCCAGCGGACAGCUGCGGCUCCUGCGUGCCCGCCCUGAGGAUGCUGGGAACUACUUCUGCAUGGCCCAGAAUGGCGUGGGCAGCGCCAUGGGGAAGACGCGGCUGGUGGUGCAAGUGCCCCCUGUGAUCGAGAGUGGCCUCCCAGAGCUGUCCACCACGGAAGGCUCCCAUGCCCUCCUGCCCUGUGUGGCCAGGGGCAGCCCUGAGCCCACUUGGGACCCACAGGCCCCCAUCCUACAGGGAGAAGCCUUCUCCCACCUGGAGGAGCCUGUAGGGGGCAGCAUCCAGCUAGACUGCACGGUCCGUGGUGACCCAGCCCCUGACAUCCGCUGGACCAAAGAUGGUCUCCCGCUGUGGGACAGCCGCCUGAGGGUGCAGCAUGGCUCACUGACCAUCCACAGGACCGAGCUGGCCGACGCGGGGCUGUACCAGUGCCUGGCUGAGAACGAGGUGGGCUCCGUGAAGAAACUGGUGACCCUCGUCCUGCAGAGUGCCCCGGUGUUCCAGGUGGAGCCCCAGGACGUCACAGUGAGGACAGGCGAAGACGUGGCCCUGCGGUGCCAGGCCAGCGGGGAGCCCACGCCCACCAUUGAGUGGUGGCAUGCAGGGCAGCCCUUGCAGGCCAGCCAGCGACUCCGGACCCUGCGGGACGGCAGCCUGAGGCUGGAGCACGUGGAGGCUGCGGAUGCCGGGCCCUACGAGUGCAUCGCUCACAACCUGCUGGGCUCUGCCACAGCCCAGGCGAUCCUAGUUGUAAGAGGGCACCCCCAGGGGAGCCGGGGCAGCAUGCUUGGGGCGAUCAACGGCCAGGAGCUCGGCGUAGCAGCUCUCAACACCAGUGUGCGGCAGGAGGCGCAUUCCGGAGUCACCAUCAUCCAGAGCAGCGUCAGCCGCAUCCCGGCAGAUGUGGGGCCUCUGAUGCGGGUGCUGGUGGUCACCAUCGCCCCCAUCUACUGGGCCCUGGCCGGAGAGACUGGGGAGGCACUGAAUGGCCACUCUCUGACGGGUGGCAGCUUCCAGCAGGAGUCACAGGUGGAGUUUGCUACAGGGGAGCUGCUCAGGAUGACCCACGUGGCUCGGGGCCUGGACCCUGACGGGUUCCUGCUCCUGGACGUGCUAGUGGAUGGCGCUGUCCCCGAGGCCCUGGCAGGCGAGGACCUCCACAUGCAGGACUUCGAGGAGCGCUAUGUGCAGACGGGGCCCGGCCAGCUCUUCGCGGGCUCCACACAGCGCUUCCUCCACCGCCACCUCCCGGGGCUCCUGCGCUGCAACCACAGCAUCCAGUACGCAGCGGCUCGGGGCCCCCAGCCCCAGCUGGUGCAGCACCUGCGGGCCUCGGCUAUCAGCUCGGCCUUCGACCCCGAGGCCCAGGCCCUGCGCUACCAGCUGACCACAGCCCUGCGAGCGGAAGAGCACGAGGUGGGCUGCUCUGAGGGCUUUGAGCCGGACCCCCAAGGGGCGUUUUGUGUGGAUGUGGACGAGUGUGCGUGGGACACCGGCCUCUGCGGAGAGCAGCAGCGCUGUGUGAACCUGCUCGGGGCCUACCGCUGCUGUCCUGACUGUGGGCCCGGCUUCCGGGUGGCAGCCGACGGGGCCGGCUGUGAAGAUGUGGACGAAUGCAGGGAGCAGCUGCACGGCUGUCACCACAGCCAGCUCUGCGAGAACACGGCGGGGGGGCACCGCUGCAGCUGCCCCCGGGGGUACCGGACCCAGGGCGCCGGCCUGCCCUGCCUAGACGUCAAUGAGUGCCUGCAGCUGCCUGAGCCCUGUGCCUACCAAUGCCACAACCUCCAGGGUGGCUACCGCUGUCUGUGCCCGCCGGGCCACAUCCUCCUCCAUGACGGCAAGGCCUGUACGCCACUCAGCCGGAGCAGACAGAAUGUGACCACCGUCAGCCACCAGGGCCCCUUGGUGCCCUGGCUGCGGCCCCGGAGCCCUGUCCCUGGUGGCUCUCACCAUGCCUGGGUCUCCCUGCGGCCGGGACCCAGAGCCCUGAGCAGUGUGGGCCGGGCCUGGUGUCCGCCAGGCUUCAUACGGCAGAGUGGCGUCUGCGUGGACCUGGACGAGUGCCAGGUGCAGAGCCUGUGCCAGCAUGCCUGCCAGAACUCUGAGGGCAGCUACCAGUGCCUCUGUCCCGCCGGCUACCGCCUCCUGCCCAGCGGGAAGAACUGCCAGGACAUCAACGAGUGUGAGGAGGACGCCAUCGAGUGUGAGCCGGGCCAGAUGUGCUUCAACACCCGAGGCGGCUUCCAGUGUGUGGACACGCCCUGCCCCGACUCCUACCGGCUGGGCGCCAGCCCCGGGGGCGUGGAAUCUCACACAGAGAGGCAGAGCCGGGAGCCAGCCACGCCAUGACCCCAGCAAUGAGGGAGGCUGAGGCAGGAGGGUCAGGAGUGCACACCAGCCUGGGCAAGUUAGC